CAUUUCGGCACAGGAGGAAGUUGGAAAACCUUGGCUUUUUUAGUGUUGUUUUUCAGUCCAGCAGAGAGUAUUUUCGGGGGAGGGGGGUGAGUUAAAAUGAUCUAUUGCAUAUUACUGAGAACAGUUCGUAGGAAGGCGAUCAGUACACUCCGAUCCUUCCCUUCCUCUACCUUUAGGUUCACUCCUCGGCUCCCUCUGAAGCCCUAAGGAGAUGGGCUAAGGGGGCAAUUCGUUAUGAAUAAUUCAUGAGCCCGCCCCUUUUCUUAAGAAGCCACGCCUUUCCGAGCUGCGCUGACGCACGUUGCGUGUCCCAAACCUGAGGAAGCGACGUAACAGUCCCCGCCCAUAGGACGGAGGGCGGGGUGUCGUCUCCAGCACGUGCUGCUUCUACCCGCGCAAGCCCAAAAGGGUGUGCGCAGGCGCUUCUCACUAGGGGAGGAAGGAGGCGGGGUGGGGAGGUUGUUGGGUUGAGAGCCGGGCGGAGACCGCUGAGACUCAUUCCUCAGGAACAAGGGUCGUGUGUGAAGGAGACCUUUUCACACCAGCUCCCCGGCCCCCGCCUACGGUGGGUGGGAUCGCGCGGCAGAGACAAAGGAUAUCAGUAGGGACGGACAUAGCCACGAAGGGAAGUAGGGUGUCAGCUUGGGGCGGUGGGUUUUUGGGGGGCUAAGGGAGAGACUAUAUUUAAACUCCCUGGAGCCGUUAAGUUGGUUCGUACUCCGAUGCGCGCGCAACCAGGGUGGUGGCGGUGUGCGCAUGCGUGAUUCUGGGGCCAGGGGAACGCGCUUAAGUAGUGCGCGCUCGCGAUUAGGUGGUAGUGGUGGAGGAGAAAGGGGUCGGCGCAAGCGCGGUUGGUUUCUCGAGUUGUUCGGGUCUCGCGGGCUUCUUGUUUUGGUCUCGCGGGCGAGCAGGGAGCGAGACUAGGCGAGAAGAGCAGAGCUGCGUGCGCACUCGGGAAAGGGGGGAAGGGAGCAGGGUCUAGGAAGGGGGGUGAAGCCCCCUGAUCCCCCCUCGUUACCCUCGGCUGGGACGGAGUAAGGGGAGGAAAUGAUCGAGAUGGCAGCGGAGAAGGAGCCGUUUCUGGUGCCGGCCCCGCCGCCGCCGCUCAAAGAUGAGUCGAGCGGAGGGGGCGGCCCCACGGUGCAAUCGCACCGAGAGGCCGCCUCCGGGCACCUCCGCGGCCGGACAGAACGCGGGCCGGGCCCCCGCGUACAGUCGGCGGGGGCCCCGGCUUUGGGGGUUGGCAGGGAGAGCCCCGGAGCUGCAUCCGCCCCUCGAGCGGGCCAGUCGCAGCAGCAGCAGCAGCGAGGGGGCGGCCCCCAGGCACAGUCUCACGGGGAGGCCCGCUUGUCGGAUCCCCACGGGCGGACCGCUCACUUGGACGUGGGGGAGGAGCGACGGGGAGGGGGCGGGCCAGAGCUGUGUCCCCCUGCCCCUCCUCGGCCUCGUAAUGGCUACCAGCCCCACAGGCCCCCUGGGGGGGGUGGAGGCAAGAGAAGAAAUAGUUGUAAUGUGGGGGGAGGUGGCGGAGGCUUCAAACAUCCGGCCUUCAAGAGGCGCAGGCGAGUUAAUUCGGACUGUGACUCUGUGUUACCCUCCAACUUCCUACUGGGGGGCAAUAUCUUUGAUCCACUGAACCUGAAUAGUCUUCUGGAUGAGGAAGUGAGCCGCGCACUCAAUGCAGAGACCCCUAAGUCAUCCCCACUUCCGGCCAAGGGGCGUGAUCCAGUGGAGAUCCUCAUCCCCAAAGAUAUUACUGACCCCCUCAGUCUCAAUAUUUGCACUGAUGAGGCCCAAGUAGUUCUUGCCUCACCACUCAAGACUGGUCGGAAGCGGCAUAGACACCGGGGACAGCACCAUCAGCAGCAGCAGGCAUCUGGAGGAAAUGAUAGCCACUCCUCCGUGCUUCCCCCAGCCCCCCUCACUCCUUCACUUCAUGGGGAGGGCGCCACGCAGCAGCAGCAGCAGCAGCAACGGCAUAGAGGCCAGAGCCGGGAUGCCCCGCAGCCCUAUGAACUCAACACAGCCAUCAACUGCAGGGAUGAGGUGGUGUCUCCCCUUCCAACUGCCCUACAGGGUUCCACAGGCUCCCUUUCAGUCCCUCCAGCUGCCUCAGUUACCCCUGCACCCCCGUCUUCCUCCUCUCGACAUCGCAAACGUCGCAGGACUUCCAGCAAGUCGGAGGCAGGGGCCAGGGGUGGAGGCCAGGGUCCCAAAGAAAAGGGCCGAGGGAGUGGGGGAGGCCGCUACCACCACCACCCUCUCCCUGCAGCAGGCUUCAAAAAGCAACAGCGCAAGUUCCAGUAUGGGAAUUAUUGCAAAUACUAUGGGUACCGCAAUCCUUCCUGUGAGGAUGGUCGCCUUCGGGUGUUGAAGCCUGAGUGGUUUCGGGGCCGGGACGUCCUAGAUCUGGGCUGCAAUGUGGGCCAUCUGACCCUGAGCAUUGCCUGCAAGUGGGGCCCAUCACGCAUGGUGGGCCUGGAUAUCGAUGCUCGGCUGAUCCACUCUGCCCGCCAGAACAUCCGACACUACCUAUCUGAGGAGCUGCGUCUCCCACCCCAGACUCCCGAGGGGGACCCAGGGGCAGAGGGUGGGGAAGGGACCACCACCAUCCGGAAGAGAAGCUGCUUCCCAGCCUCGCUGACAGCCAGCCGAGGUCCCAUUGCUGCACCCCAAGUGCCCCUGGAUGGAGCGGACACAUCAGUCUUCCCCAACAAUGUUGUCUUCGUCACGGGUAACUAUGUGCUGGAUCGAGAUGAGCUGGUAGAGGCCCAAACGCCCGAGUAUGAUGUGGUGCUCUGCCUCAGCCUCACCAAGUGGGUACAUCUGAACUGGGGAGACGAGGGGCUGAAGCGCAUGUUUCGCCGAAUCUACCGGCACCUACGUCCUGGGGGCAUCCUUGUCCUUGAGCCCCAACCCUGGUCAUCCUACGGCAAGAGAAAGACACUCACGGAAACAAUCUACAAGAACUACUAUCGAAUUCAGCUGAAGCCAGAACAGUUCAGUUCCUACCUGACAUCCCCGGAAGUAGGCUUCUCCAGCUAUGAGCUGGUGGCCACACCCCACAACACCUCCAAAGGUUUCCAGCGUCCUGUGUACCUGUUCCACAAGGCCCGUUCCCCCAGCCACUAAGUGGCCUCUUGAACAAAAAGAGUGAAGAAGCUUCCCGCUGCUCCUAAAGACCUGGGGAAAGAGGAAAGUAUUCCAAGGUCUUUCCUUUCUGGCUCCAAAAAUAGUUACCUUUUCUUGGAUCUGCAGAGAAAGCUUUUCCUAUGUUGCUGCCCCAGCCUUCUCCCUACACCUCUGGCAUCUAAGCAGCAAGCCCAGCUGUGCUGGAGUUACCAUCUUCUUCUCCCCCAGCCUGCUGGGCUGGAUGGCAUGGACUGUGUGCUGACCUCUGUUCUCCUAGGGCAUGGGAGGUGGGGGUAUCAAAUUCUCUAGCCCUUUCUUCCUGUUCUCCCCAGGAGAGAGAGUCCCCUUUCUCCUCAGCCCUUGUCCCUAGCUGCGUUUCAGUGGACCACGGAUAGAUGGACUGAGGGUUUGAGGGGGAAGAUUGGCAGGGAUGCAUGGAGGUACUGUGAAAAUCCUUUCCUCUGCUGUCCCCCAUUGGGAGGAGGGGUUGGGUUUUGAAUGUGAGAACAGCACAAUAAACUUGAUGUUUAAGGCA